GUGACCCGGAAGUGCUUUUUUAGUGUUGCUGAAGAGAUGCUUAUUAAGACUCUGAUCUUAUUUUGAACAAUUCAUGGCUUAAUACAUUUCAUACACAGCGAUUAGCUAUAAUUUAACCGCAGAGAUAGCUACACACGAUCACAAUGAACUACAUGCCAGGGACCGCGAGUCUCAUCGAUGACAUAGACAAAAAGCAUCUUGUACUUCUUCGCGAUGGAAGAACGCUAAUUGGGUUUCUUAGAAGCAUCGACCAGUUUGCCAACCUAGUUUUCCAUCAAACAGUCGAGCGCAUCCACGUGGGCAAGAAGUUUGGGGACAUCCCCAGAGGAAUCUUCAUUGUGAGAGGAGAGAAUGUUGUUUUGCUUGGUGAAAUAGACAUGGAUAAGCCGUGUGACACAGUCUUGCAGCAGGUUUCUAUAGAGGAGAUCCUAGAGGAGCAGCGAUUGCAACAGCAAGCCAAGCAGGAGACAGAGAAAGCCAAGGUGACCGCACUGAAGGACAGAGGCCUAUCCAUCCCCAAGGCAGAUAAUCUUGAUGAAUACUGAAGGCACUUCUGUUCUAUUUUCCUCCGUUAUACUAGACUUCCCAGUUCUAUGUUGAAUAGGGGAUUAUUUUGGCGAUGGGGAGAAGAAUGUGUGGUUUAUAGAUGAAGCAGCGUACCGAUUUCAUUUUGAUAGUGGCUCAUUGGUUCGAAAGCAAGCAAUGAUUUAAGUGAUGCAUUUUUGUUAUAUUUGAUGACUGGCGUAAUGCAGGAAUUGAGGGUAGACCACACAAACUAGAUUGUCUGCAAGACUACAUUUGAUGCGAUAAAUCAAUUAAAUAUGAUUUUCAGACCACCAAACGUAUAACUUGUCAAUAGUACAUAACGAUGGAUUUUUUAUGUUUGUGUAAACAGACUUAAACUGUAAUGGUAAGAUUUGUUUUCCAUUAAAGUGUUUAUUUUAA